AUGGCGGAGCACAAUGUUUUAUGGGGCGCGGCGGAGAAGGCUGGUUCGGGGAGACGCGUGGGGCCAGGCUCGGGAAAUACUGCGACUGGUUCGGGAAUAGGUCUGGGAAAGCACCGCAGGUAUGUGUCGGUGGACGUACGGCGGGGAACGGAGGAGGACCUAUAUGACGUGGCAGUCUUCGAUAGGGUGGACGAAGAACCAAUGCCAGGGAAACGCGGGAUGGCGGGGGGACGUAGAAAGGGGGGAACCAACGCGCCGAGCGCGGUGAGCGCAGGAGCAAAGGGGGGACGGGGAAUGGGGGAUUGGGACGAGGCUGCGGAUUGGGAGGAGGAAGAGGAGGAGGCAGGGGAGGAGCAAUACGACGACAGCGAAGGCACGAGCACGCAUCUAAAUCAGCAGCAGCAUCGCUACAAAUCCGCUCGUUCCCUCCCGUUGACCGUAGCACGGAGGAUAGGUGUUCCCGCCAAUAGCGAUUCGAAUGCUGAGCCUCCCCUAGGCCCCGCGGAUGGCGCUUCCGCCUCCUGCCACGUGUCCUAUGGACCUUCCGCUUCUCUCCCCCCCCUCCGCUCGUACCACUCCGGACACGCCCCACUGCACGGGGGGAGAGGGCUGGACAGGGGGGAAGCGGGGGAGGGGGAGUUUGUUGGCGGAAGCAAAGGAUGGGGGGAAGAGCGGCGAGGGGGGAGGCGUCCGCGUACUGGGGAAGGUCGCGCAGUCGGGGAGGAGCGUUCAACGGGGAAAAGCCGCGGGGCGGGGUAUAACACGGAGGAGGCAUGGGGGCGUGGAGCGUAUUGGGAGGGGAAUGGGGAGGAGCGGGUCGGAAAAGGGCAAGUAGAGAGGUGGCGGGACGAGCGGCAAGAUCAGGGGAAAGUGCGGAGGCACGAGCGGAGGGGGGCAGAGGGGAUGGGACGUGGGCAGGUAGCGAGGCGGCAUGGAAGAAGCGGAAGCAUUGCGUGUAGUGCGGAGCUGAGGGGUCUGUCUUUGGAGCAAGAACUGGUUGAGGAAAUGAUGCAGCAGCAGCAGAAGCAGGGCGGCAGGCAGACACGGUUACCAGUGCAGCACAAGGAGCAGCAAGAGCAGCAGAAGCUGCAGCUGCAGGAAUGGCAGAAGCAGGCGGGGGCGGAGGUGGCGCAAGAAAGAAGCAGGUUGGCGCAUGCGCGCAGCAUGGGCGCAGCUGUCGCGGGGGGGGAGGGCAAGCUGCAGCACGUGAUGCAGUGGCUGGCGAGCGCGCAGGGGCACGCGGAAGAAGGGGGGGAUAUCGGCGGGGAGGAGAAGGAGGAGGAAGAGGAGGAGGACGGUGGGGCAGCAAUGCAGGCAGAGGCGGCAGAGGGAGAGGGUGCGGGAGAGGGGGCACGGGAGGUUCCUAUUGGGGUAGUGGACUCGUACCGACAGAAGUCGCGUGUGCGGUGGGUGGUGGAGGGCGAGAGUGACGGCAACAGCAGCAGCACCAGGAGCCCUGGGGGCGGAGGAGCGAGGCCCGGGGUAGGAGCAGCAGGAAGUGGAGGAGGAGGAGGAGGAGGAGGAGGAGGAGGAGGAGGAGGAGGAGGAGGAGGAGGAGGAGGAGGAGGAGGAGGAGGAGGAGGAGGAGGAGGAGGAGGAGGAGGAGGAGGAGGAGGAGGAGGAGGAGGAGGAGGAGGUGGUGGUGGAGGUGGUGGAGGUGGUGGUGGAGGUGGUGGAGGGGUUGAGGACGGGAGCAGCAAGGCAUCCGCGUCCUCGUCCGUUCGCUGGAGGUGGCCCCGUUCCUCCUCCCGCUCUGGCACCUCUGCCACUGCCGCCGCCGCCGCCGCCGUUGCUGCUGCCACUGCCCCUGUCCCUGUCCCUGCCCCUGCCGCUGCCACCGACACUCCCGCUGGCACUUGUGAUGCUACCAGCCGCCCUGCCAGCCCUAUUGAACCCACCAACGCUGCGUCUCAAGGCAACGGAGCUUGUAGUACCAGUGAGGUCUCCCGGACGUCACCAGAGCAAGGAGGGAGUGGCAGGAAGGGCGAGGGUGGGAGAGCCGGAGGGGGGGUGGAGGAGUGCAAGACGGGGGACAGGGAUGGGGCAGGGGAGGGCAGGGAGAAGGAGGCGAAGGGAGGCGUGGAUGGGGAUCGAUCAGGAGGGUCUGCUCAGUCUGGUCGCGUCUCCUUCUGGCGUUCCGCCCUUGGCCUCAAAAGCUCCGCCGCUGCCGCCGCUGCCCCUGCUGCUGCUGCUGCUGCUGCUGCUGCUGCUGCUGCUGCUGCUGCUGCUGCUGCUGCUGGUGCUGCUGCUGCUGUGGAUGGCAGUGGUGGGAUUGGUCGUACCAGAACCGAGAAUGGGGGAGAUGGAGAGGGUGGGGCAAGCACAGCAGGAAGGGUGUCAGGAGGAGGCGCUGCAGCAGGAGCAACAGGGCCUUUGGCUGCUCCCUCCCCUGCAUCCGAGAAAAGCCGCUCGUUGAGCCCGCUGCUUGCGAGCAAAGGAGGAGGGGCAGCAGGAGCAGGCAGGUCUGGAGGGACAAGGGACGGCGCAGCAGUGGAAAGCAGAGGGUCAAGAAGUGGGGAGCACGUGAGAAGGCGGAUGACGGGGGAAGAAUCGCCUGCAGCAGGAGCAGGAGCAGGAGCAGGAGCAGGGAGGAGUUCUGGUGCUGGAGGGGCAGUGCAAUCAGCUACUCGUUCCCCCAGCCCGGUGGCGUCAGGGCUGUUCGGGUUCAUGCGAUCUCCAGCAAAGGCAGCAGCUCGCAGUAGGGGGCGGUCGCUGGAGUGCCUGCCGUUCCUCGCCUCCCUCGCAUGCUCCGAUGCCCACCCUCUGCUGACGCUGGAUGGUGAUGAUAGCAGUGACGCGUCUCAGAAUGACCCACAGGAGGAGUCUAGUGCUGCUGCGGGUGCUGCUGCUGCUGAUCCUGCUGCUGGUGGUGCUGGUGGAGGUGCGGGUGGUGGUGCUGGUGUGAGGGGUGAUCAUGGAGGGAUGGGCGUGGAGAGUGGCGAGUGUGAGGGGGGAGUGUGGAAUGAUGAGGGUGCUUCGGAGGAGGAGGAUGAGGAAGGGAGUGUGGUGGAGAGGGAGAGUGAGGAGAAGGGUGGUGGUAUAUCAGAGGGUGUAUGCACUGGUCGUGGAUCCGUGGGUGUUGGGGCCAGGAGAAGAGCUAAUAACGAGGAAGGUACGAGAGGCGGAGUGAGAGUGUCAUGGCGACCCCUGCAAGGAGGGGACGAGGGAGUUGGGGGGAGGCGGAAGUCGGAGGGAGAGAGGUGGGAGGCAGCAGAAGCGAGGAGAGCAAGCGUGGGGAAGAGGGAAGGUGGGAGAGGGGCGAGAGCGCAGCGAGUAGGGGUGAGUGUGAGUGGAAGUGAGCCUGGGGACAUUUACCCUGUGGUGCAUCGGGAAGGCGGUGAGAUGGGUGUGGUGGAAGGUAUGGGGAAUGGGGAUGCGUGGGCAUACAACCGCGGCGGGAACAAACCGGAAGAGGAGGAGGAGUGGGGAGAGGAGGAUGAGGGGUUGUUUGAGCGGGCGAACAGCGACCGGAUGGGAAGGCGUGGCGGUGCAGCAGAGAGGGACAUUGCGGCUGGGCGCGAACAGAGAGUCAGGCGAAGCAUGAGCAUGGGUGUGGGCAUGGGCGUGGGCGUGGGUGUGGGUGUGGGUGUGAGAAGAGACGCAGGGUUGGGGAGUGGUGGUGCUGGUGUGAGUCAAGAGGCGUGGAGGGAAAAGGAGGAGGGUAAGGGGUCGAGGAAAGGGGGUAGCAAGAGCAGAGGCAGCAAAGGGGCGAAUAGGACUGGGCUAGGUCCGGAGGAAGGCGACGCGUCCACGCCAGAGGGUCGGCAGAGCGCGAGCCUGUACGAGCGCGUGUUUGGGCUGUGUGUGAACGUGCUGGGAGGGCCGUUUGAGGACGUGAAGAGCAAGUACUUGCUGCACAAGAAGGAGCUUGGGGAGGGGCGUUUUGGGCGUAUUCGCCUGUGCGAGAGCAGGGAGACAAGGGAGAAGGCGGCGUGUAAAACCGUCAGCAAGAGGAACCUGCGCUGUCAGGCGGAUGUGGAGGACCUACGGAGGGAGGUGCAGAUUCUGCGCAUGCUCAAGGGCCAUCCCAACAUUGUCAAGCUCUUCCACGUCUUUGAAGACGCCGAGGACGUGCACAUGGUGAUGGAGAUGUGUGCGGGGGGGGACCUGUUCGACCGCGUGAAGGCGCGGCUCUUCUACCCGGAGCGCAAUGCAGCGCGGGUGGUGGCGGAGGUGGUGGGCGUGGUGCAGCACUGCCACCGCCUGGGCAUCGUGCACCGCGACCUCAAGCCCGAGAACAUCCUGCUGCUCAACCCCCACUGCGACGUCUCGCUCAAAGUCAUUGACUUUGGCAUCUCGGGGAUGCUUUCUCCCGGUGAGCAAUUCAACGAGCGCAUUGGAUCGCCUUUCUAUAUGGCGCCAGAGGUAGUCCAACGAUCCUACGGGUGCGAGGCGGACAUCUGGAGCGCGGGGGUCAUUCUCUACAUCCUUUUGUGCGGCCGCCCGCCAUUCUGGGCGCCCACCACGGAUGGGGUGUAUGAGAGUAUCAAGGCGGGGCGCCUCAACUUCUCCUUCCCCCCGUGGCCCUCCGUGUCUGCUCACGCCAAGGACCUUGUGGCGCGCAUGCUCACGGUCGAUCCGCGGAAACGGGUCACAGCUGAGGGGAUUCUCGAACAUCCAUUCAUUACCUCCAACUGUGAAGGCCAGCUGUGA